AUGUCUAAAACGAUAUGUGAGGACUGCUCGCCAGUUGUAUUCAUCCUCGGUUUCCUCAACAGCAAAGAGUUUCAUUAUGCAACUCUCAAAAAGUUUUACGAAAAGUACACGUAAGUAAUUAUUGUAAUAAUGAUGAGUUUUCUUAUCAAGAUUUCACCUCAAAGGUUGAAAUAAAAUGCCGACUUUAAGGGAUUUGCAGAAACCAUUCAAAUUUUAACAAACUCUAGACUCAUUUACUUGUAGCUCCGUUCUUUAUAGCAUACCUAUUCUACAAAAUACCUUUUGAAUUUUGAAAGUACACCCAAUAGUUUAUGUUCUGCUUCCUAUACGACCCCAUAAUUCUAAUCACGACCCCUUAUCUGAACGUUAUUUUUAAUUCGAAUCUAUUCUUAGUUAUAGUCGUCAAAUUGUAGUCCAAUAAAUCUGGAAUAAAAUCCGCUUACUCCACCUCUUUUUCGUCUUUAUAUCCAACCACUCCCUGAUUACAACGAAUUUUUCACCUUGACUCACUUAAAAUAACUUUCAGAAAUGAUGUGACCGUUUACGUCUCCAAACUGUAUAAUCAGCAAUUCUGGCCCUCAGGAGAUAAAGGCGAUGAUUUUAUUGAGAGGAUAUACUUCCCGAAGAUCAAGGAGAAACCGAACGCACCUGUAAUCUUCCACAUGUUCAGUCAGAAUGGAGGGCUGCAGUUCUAUUACCUGUGGCAUAAACUGAACGAAGAAGAGAAGAAACAGAUCAAAGGGCUCAUUUUCGAUGGGUAGGGGCUUAUUAAUGACAUUCUUAGUCUAAAUUGAACGUAAAGUCAAUAUUAUGAUCAAAUUUUCACUUUCAGUUCUCCCGGCACCUUCUCCUGGCACCCUACCUAUUACAUAAAUGCCCGCUUCUUCAUGCUGCCUAAAGAAGAGAAGACCUCACUCAAUUACUGGUUCUACCAUGUCCCCACGCACAUACCUCGCUCUAUUUUGUACAGUUUCCUAAUAUUCUUCGGUCAGUAUGAUCAAUAUUCAGAACGAAUGGCUGAGUACGAUCUCCCCCACAAUCAACUUUUCAUACACUCAAAAAUCGACCGUCUAGUCCGACCGAAACUUAUAAAAAAGUUUGCUGAGCAACAAGUUCAACAUGGGAAGUCGGUGGAAGUGAAGGAAUUCCCGGAUGGAAUCCACUGCAUGCACUUUUUGACGAACAGAAAAGAGUAUCACGCCGCAACGGAAAGGUUUUUGAAACGAUGUAUCGGCGAAGACGUGUAUAACUGCCAUAUAGGGAAAGCCAAGUUAUAA